AUGAUACUUUACAGAGCAUGCAUUGUCAGGUACCACUUCAAGACGGACCAAGGCAUCCGCAACCUACCGGUGGACGUAGCGGACAAGCUGGCGGGAACCAACCCCGACUACGCCAUCCAAGACCUGUACGAAGCCAUCGGCCGCAAGGAGUACCCUACGUGGACCUUGUACGUGCAGGUCUUGACGGUGGCCCAAGCCACUGCGCACCUCGAAGCGGGAUUCAACCCGUUCGACGUGACGAAAGUGUGGCCCCAUGACGCGUCUCCGUUGCGCGAGGUGGGCAAACUGGUGCUCAAUCGCAACCCGCCCAACUACUUCAGCGACGUCGAGCAGCUCGCGUUCUCCCCCGCCCACUUUGUUCCGGGCAUCCAGGCAUCCCCGGACAAGAUGCUCCAGGGGCGGCUGUUCUCGUACUCGGACACGCACCGCCACCGGUUGGGCCCCAACUACCAGCAGAUCCCGGUGAACCAAUCCGUGCAACGCCCGCCGCGAAACUACCAACGCGACGGGUUCAUGACUGUCAACGGCAACCAAGGCAGCGCCCCCAACUACUUCCCCAACAGCGACCCCACGUCGCCCCAGUACUUGGACACUCGUGACCCGGUGCCUCAAUCUGGUGCUGCGUUGUUGGCGGCUGUCGCUCGCUACAGCACGAAAGACGACGACAACUUUUCGCAAGCGGGGCAGUUCUAUCGACAGGUGUUGAAUGACGACGAGCGGGCUCGCUUGGUUGACAACAUCGCGGGGAGUUUGGUGCAUGCCAGCGACGCCGUUCAAGCCCGAACGGUGGCGAAUUUCACGGCCGCGGACAGCCAGUAUGGACAGCGUGUGGCUCAAAAAGUGGCCGAGUUGCGUGCGAAGGCCCAACCCGAAGGAGCCAAGCCUGCCGCAGCCAAGUUGAACCCCCCGCGGGCUGCCGGAUUCAAACCUGUAGACCCCACCGAGGAUGCGUUGCCGCGCCUGUAA